AUGCCCCCGGUCCGGAUCCUCCAAGCCAACCUCAACCACUCUGCCAGGACGCAGGUCUUAUUUAUCCACUGCCUGGCCGAGUUAGGUGUGGGGUUGGCGGUCGCCGCGGAGCCAUACCGCGUCGCCGAUCGCCCGAACUGGGUGGCCGACGCGUUGGGCUCCGUGGUGAUAGCUGGCAGCGACAUCGCGGCCCUCCGCGUGUUCGCCCGCGGCGACGGGUUCGUCGGGGCGGAGUGCGGCGGCCUGGACCUGAUCGGGGUCUACGCCCCUCCGAGUACCCCCCUCGCGGCGUUCGAGUGGCUGCUGGACGGGAUCCGGGACGCAUUGUCCCGCUCUCCAGUAGCCCGAACGCUCGUGCUGGGCGACUUCAACACCAAGUCCACGGUGUGGGGUGGCCCAGCUACGAACGCGAGGGGUCGGGCGGUGCUGGAGUGGGCGGCGAGCGCGGACCUCCGGCUGCUUAACCGGGGGUCCGUGAGCACGUGCGUGCGGUGGCAGGGCGAGUCGAUCGUAGCGGAGGAGGUGGAGUCCCUUAGUGACCACCUCUACAUCCUUAUUGAUGUCUCCGCUGCCGCUCAGUACCAUCCCGCUCGCGGACCCGCGCCGGGCCGACUGCCGCGCAGAUGGGCGCUGAAGCGCUUGGAGACGGACGACCUGAUGGCGGCCGCCCUCGCCGCGUCCUGGCCGGAUGCCCCGGCUGGACCGGUCGCGGACGUCGAUCGGGAAGCUGACUGGUUUCGGGAGUCAUUGACGGCGGCGUGCGACGCCGCCAUACCCCGAGCCUAG